AUGUCGCGAACCAACACGAUCCUUGAUCUCCCUACCGAGAUACUACAAAUUAUAGCUUAUUAUCUCGAUGCGGAUGCGCCCAAUCUCAUCUGGCUACGAAGUUCGUGUCAAAUUCUCCGCAGCUCAAUACCGCCUCCUACCCAUGCGAAAUUGAUAGAAUGGGAAACCGCUGGGUUCGGACUUCAGAACGACUUGUACGCUUGUCGGGAUUGUCUUAGACUGCGACCAAAGGCAAAAUUCGGAGAUAAGAUGACAAAAAAGGAAAAGGCCAAAUGGGGAUUCGAUGUGAUGAAUCGAUGGUGCGUGGAAUGUGGUAUCAAACCGCUCCCAGGCACCAAUCGAUACACGGCCGGUAACCACAUUCAAAUUUCGGGGGAACAUUAUGUUAUCUGCCUUCAAUGUCGACAUUUCGGGGCAGGAGCUUCAGAAGACGGCAAGCCAUUGUCGGUUUGCCAAGACUGUCAGCAUGUUACGAAGACAAGAGAGGAACGUAGGGCGGCUGAUCGAGCACGGCAAGAACGGGAUCGGUUGCGCGCUGAACAGACUGAGCGGAGAGCCCGAAGACGUGCGAUCUAUGGUUCAGAUUCCGACAGAGAUGACAUUGUUCCACCGAGUCCUACAUUCAGUGAGGAGCAGAUGGAUAUGAUCCAACUUGAAGCCAACAGCCCUGGGGCUGGGUCUGACUGA